GGCAAAUAGAAGCUUGCAGUCGUGCAGUGCACAGGCUUUUCUUUUUUGAAGGCAGAGAGCAAUGCUCAGUCUACUGACAGGCGAGCUAGAAGACACACGAGAAGUCAGGGCAUAUUCUCAUAGCACUAGCAGAGGGUAACACCAAUAGUGGGUUUUCUGAACCCCAUUUUCACUCUCCUGGGUGUCAUUGCUCCUGAAUGCACAUUCAACCUCCUCUACUGCUGGCAGUGAAGAACCGCAGAUGCACUUAACCACAGGCUUUUCAACUCUGCAUCUUUCUCAACACUUGCACCAAAGCUCUACCCACGGGAGGAGGAAACACAUGUUUUAUUGACAGAACUGCAGGUGGUUUAAGUUUGAUUUUCUGGUGGACUUGGAAGGUAUUUUUUUGUUAGUUUGUUUUUGUUUUUGUUGCUUUUUGGUUGUUGUUUUUUUGUCUAGCUUUCUGGGAGUUGUGCUGUCGUUGGAGCCAGUAUGUUUUCUCUUUUUGUGGCAUGUUUGGCAUUCAUCCCGUUGAGUUCAGGGCAGGCUCAGGUUGCCACACAGACUCAGGGACAGAGCCAGGGUGAAGGGCAAGACAGCUCUUCCACCCCAUGGAGGCAGGUGAUUCAGUGGGAGAACAAUGGCCAGGUUUUUAGCCUACUGAACAGUGGAGCUGAAUACAUUCCUGCUGGGGAAGGGACCCAGGACAGAGGUCCGAGGGUGGUUGUGGCAGAUUCUCGUCCACGCUCUUCACGCAGACCUCAAGGAGGCAAUGUCCGCAGACAGGCUCCUUCAAGAGGAUCCUCUGAAACUGUCCGUGGACAGGCAAGGCAUCCUUUUGGCUUUGGACAAGUGCCUGAUAACUGGAGACAAACCACAGGUAGCACUGGAAGUAGCCAAUUCCAGGGAUCCUCUAGCAGUCGCUUCCGGCCAUCUACAGGCUCUUCUUCAGUAUCAUCAUCCUCUUCCUUUUCUUCAUCUUCAUAUAAUAUACCAACCUACCCACAGUACCCGUUGCCUCAACAGCCUCCUUUCCAACCAGUGCCUUAUGACCCUAGUUUUGGGGAUGUACCAGUCAGGAGCUACGAGCCCCCCUUUCAGCCUGUUAUUGGUGGAGCGUAUGCUGGAACAGGAUAUGGCACUGGACGAGGGUAUACUGGAGGUAGAUAUGGAGGUGGUUUGGCCCCUGUGCUCCCAGGCUCUCCGUCUGACUUUACUGAUGAUGGCUAUCAUUACUACCAGUCAUAUAGCUACGCAUCCAAUCCUGUGGUGCCUGCACGUGCUCCCCAGCCGCCAUUUGCUGAUGGUCUGGACCGCAGAUACACUCACAGUCUCUACAAUGAGGAAUCUGCUCCUGCCAUUCCUGCCCCUGAUGCCAACCAGGCCUCUCCUGUGAUAGUAGACAGAUCAGGACCUGCCAAUCAACCGCCAGUCAGGAGCCCCCAAUAUGAGCAGUUUCCUCCAUUUGGAAGGCCCCAGCCUCCCUUCGUACAGUCUGUUCCCUCAGGCAGAAAUUCUCUAAAUUCUGCUGUUGAGAACCCUAAUUCGAAUGGCGUUAGUGUGUACCGACCAAAUCAGAGAGGUUUGCCUGACCUGGUCCCUGAUCCCAACUAUGUCCAGGCUUCGACAUAUAUUCAGAGAGCCCACAUGUACUCUCUUCGCUGUGCUGCUGAGGAGAAAUGUCUGUCCAGCUCUGCCUAUACUUCUGAGACCACUGACUAUGAUGUGAGGGUCCUGCUACGAUUUCCACAGCGAGUGAAGAACAAGGGAACUGCUGACUUCAUGCCGAACAGGCCACGUCAUACCUGGGAGUGGCACAGCUGUCAUCAACAUUACCAUAGUAUGGAUGAGUUCAGCCAUUAUGAUUUACUUGAGGUCAGUACUGGUCGUAAAGUGGCGGAGGGACACAAGGCUAGCUUCUGCCUGGAGGACACGACAUGUGACUUUGGUCACCUGAAGCGAUAUGCCUGCACUGCUCACACUCAGGGUCUGAGCCCAGGCUGCUACGAUACUUACAAUGCUGAUAUUGACUGCCAGUGGAUAGAUAUCACUGACAUCCAACCAGGAAACUAUAUACUAAAGCUCCAGGUUAAUCCCAAGUUCUUGGUGCUGGAGUCAGACUUUACCAACAAUGUGGUUAGGUGUAACAUUCACUACACAGGACGGUUUGUUACAACGAAAAACUGCAAGAUAGCACAGUCUUGAUCAGACACUGGAAGGCUGCCACAUUAGAGUGACCCUGAUCGCUAUUCCAUUGAAAUGUGAAUGGAAUCCAUUUCUUGUUGGUUCAUUGUUGGCGUUUGUCUCUGCUUUUUGCACUGUUUUGCAAUCCCAGGCAGACAAAAAAAAACAUAGGUUCCACCAGCAAUCAGAUUGUGCUGAGGUAGUAGUACAAGUAUGCACUGCUGCAUAAUGCAUAACGCAUGUCAGUAUCCCAAUAAUGAACCAACAGUUCACUUCCCUGUAAUCUGUUCUAUAAUAUUGCCCACCCACUUACAUAUCUCAUAUUGCCACGGUACCAGUCUGGCUUGGUUACAUGCUAGGACACAUCACUGACUUUCAAAGAGGUGUUUAUGUUUGUGUAUAUCCACACAAACAUCUAUGCUGUGCCACCCCCGCAGAGUGGCUUUGUUUGAAUUAUAAAAAGCAUGAAAUGGUGCCCAUGCUGAAAUGAGUGUUCCAGACAAGUCAGGGUUCAGCUGGAAUCCAACAAAUAAAAUUAGGGGACAAAGUCUUCCCAGGUGCAUUCAUCCAUGCAGUGUGGGGGCAGACAGAGAUGCCCAGUGACUCAGAAGAACUAUAAUGUGUUAGUUUUUUCUCUUUCUCUCUCUUCACUGCCUCAGUGGAUCAGGCUGGAAUCCUGUGACUCUCUGGGCACAUCCUGUUUAAUGUUGUGUUAACAGCAAGAGGAAGACAGCAGGUCAUAUUUUCAUUUGGCAACAUCAAAUUUGAAGUCAGCAAAAAGACAGACUGUCAGUAGCGGACAUAGUUUUCCUCCAAAACCUCAGAUAUUUGAGUUAUGUCGUCUUUUCUCCUUUCUUAUUUCAGUUUAACAGUAACAGGAAGCUCAGCUGGCAGAAAUCAGUUCUUUCCAACAAAUAAGAUUCACAAGCACUAUGCUUACACUAUCUUGUGGUCUCUUCUUCAAUCACCAGCACUGGUCAGAUGACACAUAGGUCAUCUAUACCAUGUGAAGAAUGUGUAUACAAAUAUUCCAGAGAUGCAUGUUUUUAAUAAUUGAUAUUAUUUUGUUGUAUCCAUUUUGAUCUGUUACUGUAAUUGUGAAAUUCAGUGAAUACCUAUAUUUUUUUCCUUUCUUGAUAAUCUGAAUUACUCAACUAGUAUAUGUUGUUGGAAAAAAGACACACUACUGCUAUGCCUUAACAUGAUAAUGCAGAGUGCCAGAAAGCUGUCACUACCUACCUCUCCAACUCAUGAGCUGUUGUUUUGAAAUGAUAUCCCUGCAGUGGUUUACCAUGGCUGCCUACCAAUCGGUUACAACACACAGGUAAAAACCAUAAAUCAACUGGCAAUAUCAUUGAGCACGCACUCCAAAUUAUAACUUUAGAAAAAUAGUUUUAGUCCUUCAGGAUCUCGGUCCUGGUUGAUUUGACUUAAAUGCUCUGUGUUUAUACUAUGUAUACUAUCUAAGGAUAAGUCGAAGAUUUGUUUACAAUUAAGACAAACAAACUCAUAUUAUUUUUUCACUUAGGUCAGUAAUAGCUAGCAUUUUUCCAUAAUGCCAUUAGCAAACCAUGGUUACAUUUUCUACAUUCAGCCAUGUGCUACGAUGAGGCAAAUCAAUCAUCCUACUUCAUCCAAUAUUUACAACUGAUCUACUAUCAAAAAAGCCAAAAAGAACAUUAUUUAUUUUUUUCUCUUGCUGAUGCAAUUUUGAUGAUUGAUUGUACUUGAUUGUACCUAAGAGAAAACUUGCUUAUUUUUGCGUAUUUGUGCGUGUGCACACUACAAUAGAAGUUGCCCCAUGUUUCGCCAGAGGAGCAUUUUUAUUGUGAUGCAGCAACAGUAGCAAAUGUUCUGUAAGCAGUAAGUUAAUAAAGCAUAGAUAUAGUGUAGAGAGAGUGAAGUGUGAGGAUAUGCAGUGAGAUAAAAUUACAAACAAUAAUGCUGGAUUACAUGCAUGCAUGGUUGCCCGUGCAUGCAUGUAAUGAUAUAAUUGGAUUUAAGCAUAGACUCACAGACCCUGCCACUAACAAUAGCAGUACUUAUAUAGAGAGAUAAAUACAUAAUGUAAAAAGAUUAAAUGGGUUUUGCACACAGUUUUUCAGUCAUAAAUAGUGGCUAAACUUGGGUUUCAUCACAAGAACAUCUUAAGUGGUACUUUAAUAUUUAAGUUUAUAUUUUUUUGGUAAGAAUCUGGUUUCUAUUAUGUAAGUGUUGGCCAAAUGACAAAGCACCAAAAUGUGAUUAUUACUGUUAUUUUUUGUGUGUGUGUGUUUUCAAGCUUUUUAUAUCGAAAUUUUUCCCCUUUCUGUGCAGGUCUUUCAUAUUGUACUGUAAAUGCUUAGUUCUUUAACCCAGUCUGUAGAUCAUGAUCAUACUGUACACUUACCAAGAAAAAUCCAACAACUUGUGACUCUGACAUUCGGUGGAGUAAAAGCUUAUGUGUAGAUUAACAUGCAGCAUUUUUAACAUGUCUUGAGGCUAUGCCGUAUUUUUCUAACAGUGAACAUCUGUCAAAAAUGUCUUAUAUAAUAAAUACAUUUACAUGUUU